AUGUCGUCUAACGUUACAAUUGAACAUGUGAAGGCAUGGAGUCGAGAGGACGUUAAAGCAUUUUUACAAAACAACAAAACUGGAUUAGACCUUGAAGACAGAGAUAUCGAAAUAUUAUAUAAUCAGAGGGUUAAGGGUAGCAACUUCUAUGAUUUUACUGCAACGGAUUUUGAGAGAUGGGGAAUACCGGGUGGACCAGUUAAAGAAAUCGAGAAGCUGAUUAAUAAAAUUCAAAGAGAGUAUCCUAUAAAGAAAUGUCGAAUAGAACAGGGCUGGAAGUCAUACACUGCCUCUGAUGGUCACUCCGUAGAAUUGCCAUCCCAAAUAAUUGACAUGCUUGAAAGUAACAAAUUCGUACCUGAUCUGCGCAUUAAUUUUAAAACUGCCUUCUGGAACCUCCAUGUUGGCCAAUCAAUUACCCUACCACAUCUUGGCCAGGAACUGAAACACUUUGCUGAAGGUUAUCAAGGAAGGACAUUGCUUGUUACUGGACAGAUGAUUGACAUAUGGGACAAGCUUUCAGCAGAUAGUGAUCAUUCAAUCAAGUGUGUUCUUUCAGGCCCAAUGGGUGUGGGCAAAUCAUAUAUUUCCUACUUCCUUGCAUCUAAAGCUUAUGCUGAAGAAUGGCCAGUGCUCUACAUUGCAGAUGCAUCUGAUCUUAAUGUAGAAUCAUCAGAGAAAGCAGGAGCAGUGAUUUGCAGAUACUUCCUGGCACUUAAUAAAGAUAUUUUGACUGCUGCUGAGCUUAAGAAGAUUGUGCAAUUUGCUAGUAAUCGUAAUCCUCAACAGGUUGUGGUUACUGUUGCUGAAGAAAUUUUAGACUUAAUCAAAUUAGCAGACCACAAAGCUCUAUUAAUUGUUGAUGAACAUGGUAUAUUAUUUGAAAAAGAUCCAGUACCUUUAAGAAUUCACUUGUUAAGUCCUCUGAUGAACCUUAAUUUUUGGGGAGAACAUUACAAAUUUGCACGUAGCAAUGUAUUUGAUACUUUGUUACAGUUGCACCCUGUUCUGAGGAUACAAGGCAUCAAAGAAGAAGCAAAAAAGGUUACAAAUUGUGUGCCAUGUGAACUCAUAUACCUAGUUGAAUAUAUCAAAAAACUCAACAUCACUAUUACCAAUGUAAAUUGCUUUCAACAAGUAUUGAAAAAAUUUGAGAUUGAACAGGUUGACAAGAUUCUGGCUAUUGCUCAAAAAUAUUAUAAUGAUCUCCCAAAAACUGAAAGAACUGGCUACUAUGAUGCUCUCACAAGUAUGUUUUUUCCCAGUAAACCAGUUGUGCAGUUUGAAUGGAAGUUCUUAGAUCUUGGGUUAAUUUAUCGGUACAAGGAAGGGAUUACUCAUUACCUCCCUCUAUGCCCAUCUGCUCAGAAAGCCUUAUUAAAAAUGUACAUGUCAUUUGACCUAUCUGAAAAUAUAAAAAAUCAACUCUGUCUCAAUACAACAGAUCUCAAUAAUAAUAAUAGAAAUGUUAUUAUACUUCAGUUUAAUGACUAUGGUUUGAUUAAAAAUUCCCAAUUAUCCCUUGGACCUGGUAAUGAUAAAGUCUUAGGUCGUGGCUUUGAUAGGUACCCCCAAUUUGAUUACAUGCUUGGACCUAUAUUUAUACAGGUAUCUAUCAGUGAUUUUACUUCACACAACAGCAAAUCAUCAACAAACAUCAGGCAAGCAUUUGAACCAAUGUCUGCACAAGCUGGUAUCUCUUUAGUGCAAAUUAAUGGAAGAAAUCAGAUUGAGAUGUAUUUGGAUGAGAUGUAUGGUCCUGGUCAUUCUGCUAAAAUAGAUUCACAAAAUAAGUUUGUUGUUACCAGAAAUGGCAAGCGCGUGCCUGGAUUUCGUAUUGUCUAUAUUCGAGGUAGUCCCAGCACUCCCAAAAUCACUCUGGAAAAGUUCGUGAAUUUCCUGACAUAG